CAUGAAUCCCCCCUAUCUGCUGAUUAUGGUUUCGUCCACUGGGCUGUCAACUUGAAGUUACACAUUUCAAGGGCAGUUACAGUUACUCCCAGUUUGCUAUAUGCUUGCAGAGAUCUAGGAGAAGAAUGCUUUGUAGAGUUGGAAAAAUACGCAGGUGUGCUGCCAGCCUCAGCCAAAGCAUUAAUCAGAUAACUACGUCGAGGCAGAAGCACACACUUCCUGACCUUAUAUACGACUAUGGAGCCCUGGAGCCUCACAUCAGUGCAGAGAUAAUGCAGCUGCACCACAGCAAGCAUCAUGCCACAUAUGUCAACAACCUUAAUGUUACAGAGGAGAAAUAUCAAGAGGCUCUUGCAAAAGGAGAUGUGACGGCACAAGUUGCCCUUCAGCCCGCGUUGAAGUUUAAUGGAGGGGGACACAUUAAUCACACCAUCUUUUGGACAAAUCUCUCGCCGAACGGAGGUUGUGAGCCCCAAGGGGAGCUGAUGGAGGCCAUCAAGCGAGACUUUGGGUCGUUCCAGAUGAUGAAGGACAAGAUGGCAGCUGUUACGGUAGCAGUACAGGGCUCAGGCUGGGGAUGGCUUGGUUACGACAAGGAGAGCGGACGACUUCGCAUUGCUGCUUGUGCUAACCAGGAUCCGCUGCAGGGGACAACAGGUCUCAUCCCUCUCCUUGGCAUUGACGUAUGGGAGCAUGCUUACUAUCUCCAGUACAAGAAUGUGCGUCCUGACUAUGUGAAGGCUAUCUGGAAUGUAAUCAACUGGGAGAACGUGCAGGAUCGUCUGCACAUGGCCAAAAAGUAAAAAAAAAAAGAAUCCCUAAUCGUUCGCCCACUGCACCUUUUAUCAAAACCUGAUCCAAUAAAUGGAAAUGUUUUUUUUUUGGUGAAACAGCACUUAAAGCUUAAACUCAAAGAUGGUCUGUUCAUAAAUAAAAAAGUAAACCCUUUAAAGUGUUUUUGCAAACCAUAUUUCCCUUAAGGAAAGAAAUGUGAAAAUCUAAGCAAACACCCAUGAAUUCUGCAAAGGCAAACCACCAGACUCUUGACAAAGCGCACAAAAAUUGGCCACCUUUUGACAUAGAAGUUGUCUUUUGUUAUUUAAACCCAUGUAACUAGUGCCACGGGAGUGCAUACUUAAAUGUGAAUCUCUGCGCAAUUAAGUGACACUAGGAUCAGACAAUGUAACUGCUCCCCAUGUAUUUCAUGUAAUAUAAUAAAUAGUAUUUCAAUUGUA